CCCGGCUCUGUCCCGACGCGUCGUUCUCGAUCAUUCCUUGACCUCCUCGCCACCUCCGCUUCUCAUCAAGACAUUGAGUCUCCCGCUCUGCUUGUGCGCCGGGUUGAGACCUGAGACGCACCCAUGGCGGUGCCGACCUAUGCAAAGGCGCAAGACGAAAGGCCAGCAAGAUUCAGCGAUGACAUCCUCACCACUGCACUCGAGCGGAACGAUAGGCUAGAAGGCAUCGUACAAGGUCUCGAGAGCGAUUUGCUCGCGGUCCAGAGAGCGCACAGAGCCGAACUCGCUCGAGCCAAAGUGCUAUCUGACCAAUUGAACGACUCCAGACGGCAAGCCAAUGGAUGGCAAGCUCAGCUCGUCGACACGAGGGAAGCGAUGGCCGAUCUGAAGAAUGCCGUCACAUUGCGUCAGCACACGAUUGACGAUCUCAUGCACCAUCUGUCGACCAAUCCCGUCACAAACGAGAGCUUGCUACAACAUUAUCAUGCUCAAGAGCAGAUCAUCCAAUCCCUCAAGGGCGUAUUGAGCUGUCCACUCUGUUAUGAGACUUUCGGAAGGCGUCAGGUCGUUACGUUGGCUUGCGGUCACACGCUUUGUCAGACUUGCUUGGAGCAAUGGGUCGUUCGAUCGAGCACGGUCGAUCCAGAUAGGAUCGUGCCCGAGUGUCCAGAGUGUAGGAGGGAAGCGCCGAAGAGCGAAAGGGUGAAGGUUUAUAUGCUCGAAGAGGCAGUCAGAGUCAUCGAAAGGCUGGAGAGAUUCGAGUUCAUGCCGCCAGGCUACACUCUGCCGCCGUCCAGUCUCCCGCCCUCACAAGCCUAGACAUCACUCAUCGCACGAUUAGGUCUGUUUCAUUGUCGUUGUACAUGCAUCGUCUCGCAUUCCAGGGUCUAUCAGAUAGAAGUAGGCUCAAAUCUGUCGACCCCCAAUCAGCUUCGAACCAGCUGACUCCGUGAGGAGCGCACCUUGCUGAGAUCGCGACCCCAGAUACCUCGCUUGGUCCAGUCGAGCAUCAAGAGCAUUCUCGUUCUCGUCGAGACUUGCUCGCUCAGAUAGAUCGAUCGCCAGAGAUACAUGGCCACCAGACCACCUGCGAAGCUGUAGCCAUUGAAAUCGAAUACUGCGCUCGUACCGAGCGAAGCCAGUGAGCCAAGCUG